AUGGAGGAGCAGGAGAGCAAUGGUGGGUAUCUCAGCCAAGGCGCCAACGUUGAAGUUUGCAGCAAAGAGAAAGGGUCAGAAGGUGCAUGGUUCCCUGCAACAAUCUUGGAGCCACCAACAAACCCAUCAUCCUCAAAGAGAAAGACCUUUACUUCCAGCAAGGUUUUGAUUCAGUACAAGACUCUUGUCUCCGACCGGGACCCCACCAAGCUACAUGUCGAGCACACCACCGUGGCGCUUCUCAGGCUGGCGCCUCCGGCGGACGAUGCGGAGAUGUUUGAGCAGAACGACGUCGUUGAUGCGUUUUAUCUUGAUGGGUGGUGGCCUGGGGUGGUGAUGAGUGUUGUUGGGGAGAAGUAUAGAGUUGGGUUUAGGAACCCUCCGGAUGUGUUGGAGCUAGAGGGCAGAGGGUUGAGGUCACAUUGGGAUUGGGACAAUGGGGUUUGGACCAGAGCUCCAAGAAAGGUGUUGAAGGGAUCAAAUUACGAGCCAGGGACAGCAGUUGAAGUGAAUUUGCAAAGAAAUCAUCUAUGGUUUUCUUGGUUACCUGCAUUUUUCAUUGGUCAACUAGGGGAUGACUCUUUCUUGGUGCAAUACAGAUAUAAAACCCCAGAAAACGGUAAUGAGAAUGGUGUUGUUAAAGUAGUUGUAGCUGACCAUCAGAUUCGACCUCGCCCUCCACAGCAAGAGGAAAAUGAUUUUGUCUUGUUGCAAAUGGUGGAUGCAUUCUAUGACAUGGGUUGGUGGGUUGGGGAUAUCACAAAAGUUCUUAAACACAAGAAGUACAUUGUCACUUUCAAAUUCACCAAGGAGGAGAAGGAAUUUUCUCAUUCAGACAUAAGAUGCCACUUGGAAUGGUUUGAUAAACACUGGACAUUCUGGAGUAGCUUUUCGGGGUUUCGUUCUACUAAGGAUUAUGGAGCACAACCGAGUCAUGUACGUGAAAGUUCCAGUAAUUCUACAAAUGAGCAACAGCAGGUGGAACAAGUGGAUAGUCUAGCAGUCACUGUUGUAAAAACGGGUAGACAAGCAAACUCACAAUUUGUGAAACGUGGAAGGAAGGUUAUGCCUCGAAAAUUGCAUGUCAGCAAUGGCAGUAAAAUUGUUAGAGGUGACCAAGAAUACAUUGAAGAUGAAGCAAUUAGGGGCUUGCAUGCUGGAAAUACAUGUGUGAAGGAUAUUAAUCAUGAUAAUGAAGAUGGAGUGAGCAGUAGAAUAAUAGGGAAGGAAAAACUGGCUGAGUUACUUCAACUCUCAUAUGAUCCAGCAGCAGGUUGUAUGAAUGACGUACUUGAAAGGCCUGCAGUCUUUCCUAGGUUGAACCAAAACCUGGCAACUUAUCAAAGAAAGGAAAGGGUCCAACUGAAAGGUGUGAAGAACAAUGCAACUGGAGUUAUCACUGAUGUUGAAAUGUCCAAGACUAAUGUUGUUGAACAUAGAGGUUACCCUGCUGGGACUGUCAACCAACAAGAAGAAAGUUCAGAUUUGCCUUUUGUGAAACUAUCUCCACUAUGGGAACAUUUUGAAUCCAUGGAAGCAUUCAAAAAGUUUCCGCAGAAGCCGCAUUUUCGUCCUUUGGCAAAGAUGAAAGAUAUAUUUCGUGAAGGAUCAGCCAUUGGAAGUAUGUCAGCCUUUGCUUCUUUAGUUGAUAAGAUUUCCAUUUUACGGGUUGAUGAUCCUAGAGAAUUAAUAGAAAGCUAUUUGGAAGGACUACUUGAUUUGGAAUGUUUAGGAUUUGAUGUCAAGGCAAUAAGGCAUCGGCUGACAGAACUGCUAGACAUUAAAGUGAAGUUGGGACAGCUUCAGAACCAAUCAAAAGAAGUUAAAACUAGGAUCACAAGGAGUACUCAUGACACAACAACCUAUGAGGAAACAAUCACUGGGAUUGACAAGAAGAUUAAGGACUUGCAAGAAAAAAGGAUGCUGGCAGUUUCAAUGAAAGAGGUCAAAGUUUCUGAAGUUAGCCGGUUGCAAGCAGAAGCAACAGCUAUAAAUGAAGACAUCCAGAGGAUCAGGUGUGAUUUUGGAAAACUAGUGGCUGUUUAA